GAAGGGUGAGGGGGCCGAGUGCAGGGUGACCUGGAGCAAAGAGGGUACCUGGAUGGAGGUCAGCUGGGGGACGAAGGUCACUGGCAGGAAGGGAAGGGACCCAAUCUCGACAAAGCUUGGUCAUAGAGGUGGAGGCCUCAGGCAAGCAGAUCCUUAGGUCUUCUGGAGUAACCCAGGGGAUCCCCAGGAAGGUGGGACCUGACCUCCGUGUAUCCCUCGGAGCUGAACUUCGGACUCCCUGGUGGUGUGUGAAGUGGACCCGAAGCUAAAGGAAAUAUUGAGGAAAUUCCGUUUCCGAAAAGAGACCAACAAUGCCGCCAUCAUAAUGAAAGUGGACAAAGACCGGCAGAUGGUGGUGCUGGAGGAUGAAUUCCAGAACAUCUCCCCAGAAGAACUUAAGUUGGAGUUGCCAGAGAGACAGCCCAGGUUUGUGGUCUACAGCUACAAGUAUGUGCAUGAUGACGGCAGGGUGUCCUACCCUUUGUGCUUCAUCUUCUCCAGCCCUGUGGGCUGCAAGCCUGAACAGCAGAUGAUGUACGCGGGAAGUAAAAACAGGCUGGUGCAGACGGCGGAGCUCACCAAGGUGUUUGAAAUCCGCACCACAGAUGACCUCACGGAGACCUGGCUUAAGGAAAAGUUAGCUUUCUUUCGUUGACCUUCGAGCCAGGGAUUUGGAAUCCUUACUUCUGAAGGCUCAGAUUGAUAGGAUAUGAACAUCCAAGAGCUAAAUAAAGGUUAAAAUUUCAGGAA